GCUGCUACUCUCGCUGCGGCCUCGCCCUCCGCCUGGGCGGAGCCGGCGCUGGAUCCGGGUGUCGGUGCUGGCGGCCGCAGCUGCGGGGCGGGGGGUCGCGGCCGAGUGGGGACCGCAGCGACUUCGUGGGCGGAUCCUUGUGUGCGAGGCGGGACCCGAGAUCCCACCAAGAUGGCAUCCGCUAGCGAGCCCCCUGCCAGCCCGAGGGAUGCUGCCGACCAGAACUUUGACUACAUGUUCAAACUGCUCUUGAUCGGGAACAGCAGUGUGGGCAAGACGUCCUUCCUGUUCCGCUACGCCGACGACUCCUUCACCCCUGCCUUCGUGAGCACAGUGGGCAUCGACUUCAAGGUCAAGACAGUCUAUCGACACGACAAGAGGAUCAAGCUGCAGAUCUGGGACACAGCAGGCCAGGAGCGCUACCGGACCAUCACCACGGCCUACUACCGAGGAGCCAUGGGCUUCCUGCUCAUGUAUGACAUCGCCAACCAGGAGUCCUUCACCGCCGUGCAGGACUGGGCUACACAGAUAAAAACCUAUUCCUGGGACAACGCCCAGGUCAUCCUUGUGGGGAACAAGUCCGACUUGGAGGACGAGCGGGUGGUGCCUGCUGAGGAUGGCCAGAGGCUCGCUGAUGAUCUCGGCUUUGAGUUCUUUGAGGCCAGCGCCAAGGAGAGUAUCAACGUGAAGCAGGUGUUCGAGCGCCUGGUGGACAUCAUCUGUGAGAAGAUGAAUGAGUCCCUGGAACCCAGCGCCAGCCCAGGCAGCAACGGAAAAGGCCCGACCCCUGGGGAUACCCCACCCCCCCAGCCCAGCAGCUGCGGCUGUUAAGUGUGGCCCUUGACCUCCCCACACCCGGCCCCUCCUGCCUCUUCAAGGCCUGCAGCCAAGGUGGGAGCUUUGGGGGCCAUCUCCAAGCUCAGGGCACUUCCAUCUGGUCCCCUUCCGCCUCCUCUGGUACAGCUUCACCUCCACUUCUCUCCAGGCUCAUAUGCUCAGACAGUCCUGGUCAGAGCCCACAAACGGCAGGGCUCUGCUCAGCACUGUCUGAGGGCCUGGGACACCCAUGCAGGUGCCUUUCGGGGGUGAGGGAGGGGCCACUCCGUGCCUUCCGCCUCAGAACCAUUUCUCAUGUGUGUGGUCCACUGAAGAAUGUCACCGGUGUGGGUGGCUAUCCAGCUCAGACCCAGCAACCUCUAUAGCUCAGGUCCACCCGCUUGGCCUUAAAACUUGCCUGCGAACUGACGGCCAGCCAAGGUGGCAGGUCUGCCGUUUCCGCUCUCUGGUUCCCAGGCAUCUACCAGAAAGCCUGAUUCCUGGCUAUACAAGGGCCAGAGUCAGAGCACCCUGGCACUGGAGUCUCUCCGAAGUGCCUUCCAAGCUUCCCCCGAAUCCGCAUCACCCAGCGUGGGUCAAUCCACUCCCAGAAUUAAAUGUAGAACAUUCCAGGCCCUACCCCAGGAUAGGAGUUGCCCCACCCUUAGCAAUGGAGCUUUCUGUCAGUUCAUCUCACAGCCAGGGGACCGAGCUACCCGCCCAGGCCCCCGUCUGUCUGCCUGGUGGUGUUUUAAGCAAGAGCUUUACAAAUCUCACAUCCUGUGUGGAGAAGGAAGUGGAGAAACCAACUCGCAGCGGGUGUGUCCUUGCUGCUCAGUUUCUGACAGCAGGAUUUGGGUUUCUCCAUCUGAGGACUCUUGUGUAGACCUGGUGUCUGUAUCAUCCCCUCAUCAGUGGGCCCCGGGACGCCGGGGUUCAGGGAGAAGACGGGGAGGAGGCGCCAGUGGGCAACCCAGUGCUUUUGCUUGUACCUCGUGGGAGCGACUGGCCCUCCUGUGAAUUGGGAUGGACUGCAGGUUGUGACUGAUGUCUCUGCAAAGCUUGGGACUUAGCUCCUAGGAUUCUCUCCAGCUAGGAGGUCCUUCCUCCUCAGCAACCAAACUCUGACAUCUCAUGAUUCCGAUGACACCAGAUGAUCAGCAUCCACCCAGAGGUGAACCACAGUGUCUGGGUCAGGUUCAAAUGCAUUUCUCACCUGCCAGCGGCUGUCCUUGGGCGUCAGGAUGAAGCUGUGUUUGUACAAAGUGGGUGAAGGGGAGUGGGUAAAUCAUGCUAGCAAAGUGAGGGAGUCUGAGCACUUGGAGGAGAGUCAGUUUUGGUUUUUUUUUUUUUUUAAAUGUUGCUUUAUCAUUAAAUUGUCCAAACAGCUGAAAUUAAGAUUCAACAACCUCCUGGGUAUGGUGGCACACACUUUUGACCCCAGCGCUGGGCAGGGUCUCUUGAGUUAGAGGCCAGUCUGGUUUACAGCCUUCCAGGACAGCUGGUCUCCACACAGAAACCCUGUCUCAAAACACCAACAAAGAAUCCGGCAGUGUCUGGAGCUAGCUCUGUUGCUGGUGUUGCCCUGGUGUGUUGCAGAGGGUCCUGGGUUGAAAUCCCAGAAACAGGGAUUUCACAGAAACUAUGCGUGCGGCUCAGGGAUGUCAUCCUAGCAGAAGCAGGAGGAUCAGGAAGUUUGGGGUCACCUCUGAUGACUAUCCAGGUGCUUCGAGGCCAGCCUGGACCUAUGAGACUGUCUCAUACAUGAAAAGCCUGUCAAAGAUUGUCUUGAACAGUCCAUUGUUCCUGAGCUAGUUUCCUGCAUAGUGGUGAGCAGCCAGUCCUUAGCCAAGGCCAUUCCUGUCAUUUCCCGUCCACAAAAUCACCUCUCACUGGCUCUUGGACUUGGGCUCCGCUUCCUGUUGACAUAAGAGGCUCCCCUGUAGCAACAGAGGAAACUACCUUGCGGUUUUCUUACAAGUGGGCAUUUGGCUGGCGGGAUGGCUCACCUGAGUCACUCGCCACCGAGCCUGGUGACCCGAGUUAGAUCCUGGGAUUCAGGAGGUGGUAGAAGAGAACCGAUCCCUUUGAGUCACCCUCCGACCUCCGCACGUGUCCUGGUGAGCAUGGGUGCACACAGUCAACGUAAGAAAACAAGAACUUUUUUUUUAAUUGAACAAUGCGCCAUUUCUUCCUCCAAUUAAGGGUGAUAACUUCUUCCAGGAGUUUUUUUUUUUUUUAAUUAUUAUUCUAAGGAUGGGUGAUGGGGUCACUGGCAAACAGAGGCUGCCUUCUGUACAGAUGGCCAAGGGGGAGGGGAGCCUAUCGAGUUUAUAGAUAGAAACUCUGCUGAAGACCUGGGGAGACUUACUUCUGUGCUGCAGGAGAAUGCCCAGGGGUGCCCAGCCUCUGGCAUCUUAUCCCUUAUCCCCCAUGUCCUCCCAGGGAGCAAAGGCCAUGACUGCAGUGGUCUAAUGGUCUGGGACUUUUAGGUUUGGGUCUUGGUUCUUCUUGUUCUUCAUGUUUGUGGGUCUCAUGUCAUAGCCCAGGCUGGCCUGGAACUCACAGAGAUCCACCUGCCUCUGCCUCCCCAGUGCUGGGAUUAGAGGCGUGCGCCACUGUGCCCAGCUGACUUUCCUUCCUGCUUCAUGGUGGGAUGCUAGGCCACACCACCAUACCCUGUUUGAUGCAGAGCUGGGAUGGAGCCCAGGACUUCCUGCAUGCAAAGCAAGCACUCUGCCAACUGGGCUAUUUCCAAGGGGUGAUUCUGCUCCUGGCUCUCCUGUGGCAAUUCUGAAACAACACCAAUCAACUCUGGUCUGGCUGUCCCUGUCCUCCAGAGUUGAUGCCCAGUCCAGAAAAAAAAAAAAAAAGUGUACUUUUUCCAAUGUGGCAAUAAAGGCAGCUGUUUUGUCUGUGUA